CAAUCUAUUGAAACAAACAACUUAACGUACAACUCACAAUGCACAACAAACGCUCGUUCAAAGUCACAGCGCGCGUCCCCACCGAGGGGGUGGAGAAGGCAACAACUCAUAAAAUUAAGCGAUUUGGAUGUGAGUUAGUCUAACUGUGAGGAUCGCCGAGUUAACAGUUCGCUAGCUAUCUUCCUCGCACACGCACACGGGCGCGGCGUGUUCCGUCACACACCCACACAGAUACGGUUCGCAAGUCGGGCCGCCAGUACAACGUCACGUCACUCGGACGCUUUACGUCUGCUAUUGGUUCCGUUCCCGCCACAAUGCGCUCUAUCGGAAGUGUAAUUGACGUUUGACAUUUAUGAUCUGUGCCUAUUUGUGUUUUUUUUUAUUGAGUGUAGUGUUGUGUUGCCUGGAUAACUUGUGUAGGAAGCGAACGAAAACGUCACGCCGACAUCAAAGAGAGACAUCAAACGACUUCCACACCGGCUAUCAAACACUAAUACAAUCAUAAAAACAAACAUGUAUUAUUUCCGUACAAUCUGAACAGGCCUAACACAUGAGCGAGGACACUAAAGAACAAGAAAUGCAAACUGUGGUGUCGACAUACACUCCGCACCAGGACGACAACACGCUCAUCGACGUGCAGCACUACAGCGACAACAACUUCUACCAAUGUGGAGACGACAGGCUCAGCCCCGGAGAGAAGAUCAACGUGGACGGAGAUGACAAGGAGGACCUCGUCAUCGACGAGUCCCGGGACGACGUCGACGCAGACGUCAUCGUAGAGAGCGAAGGCAGAGAGGAUGCUACACAGCAUGACGACAAGAAACCAGAACCCUUCGAGCCCUCCUGGCACCCGCACGUCUACGGGAAACCGCCAAAAAAACCGACGCCACACACCAUAGAUUAUAUUUUAGGUCUUACAAAUUUAGAUAAGGGUAGCGAAAACAAAAAAUCGACUUUAAGUCAACUUCAUCAUGUGAAAAUAAAUUUCGAUGUGAAAAAGCCUUACGGGUACCAAGAGAAGAGUGUCCAGGUGUCCGAGGAUAGGAACUUAAUUAGUGUCCAUAAGAACAAGUUGCAGGAACAGUUGUUGCAAAAGAGUGUGAGAACUAGUGAGAGUGAGUUUCAGAAAGUGCUUUAUUAUAAGUGUGAGGAGCAGCCCCUGAACCUGUCGGUGCCCAAGUCGAAGGACUCGCCGGGCUGGGCCGAGGACGAGAGACUCGCUAAAGAUCCAUCCAAGCUAAUAAAACGUAAGAAGUCAACGGAGGAUGUGCGCUCUCCGCUCGGUGGAGAGGGCUCCCUCACCAGCGAGGAGGGCGAGGACUCCGGCGCCGGCAGGAGGAAGAAGGCCAGGACCACCUUCACCGGGAGACAGAUCUUCGAGCUGGAGAAACUGUUCGAAGUCAAGAAGUACCUGUCGUCCGGGGAGAGGGCUGACAUGGCGAAACUGUUGAAUGUUACUGAAACACAGGUAAAAAUAUGGUUCCAAAACAGAAGAACGAAAUGGAAGAAGAAAGACAACGUCUCGAACGCAGAAGUAGCAGAAAUGAAACAGCAGAACAAGCCCGGGGAAGACAAGAAAGAGGACCCUAAAGAAGAUCCCCUAGCACUGGACAUGUCCCGGAAAAACUGCAACAAGCUCCUCAGCGAGAAACUAAGAAACACUAAAACCAACAACGUUCUGCCAAAACCAAGAAAAGUCGAGAAAGGAGUCCUGUUAGAAUCGAUAUGCGACUCGAAUGACAUCGAAAGCCGUAUCUCGAUAACGAAAAUAACGAAUAAGUUAUCGAGUACGGAUCUGUCAAGUGACGGCAAAGUGUCGGUCAAGAGCUUCAACCCCGAAGAGGUGAAGGAAAUGAAAUUUGAUAGUCUGAGUAAUGUGGAGAUGUAACAGUAGAGUAGGUGACGUCGGUUAUCAGUCAGGGCGGUGUGGCAUUACUCAAACUGCUUCAUAAUGUAUGACCUUCAAUAUUAAACUUGCACUUAGUCAAAUAUUUUUAGUUUAUCUGCCCACGUAAACAAGUGAUAUUUUAUAGACGAUUAAGGAUGUAAGAAUUCUCCUAAAUGUGCGAAAGUCUCUUCUUGAUAUGUCGAAAAUAUUUGAGUAUUCAAUCAUCGUAAUUGAGAUUAGACUUGCUACUCGUCAAGGGUUUGUUGAGUCAGGAGAAGCAUAUUAAAGGUCUUUAUAUAUUUUUUCAGUGUCACACAGCACAUUCAAAGGUGGAGAGGAAAAUACUACUAAUUUAGUACUUUUCCUUGGGCCUGGCAAUUUGAGCAAUGUCAUACCACUCUAUUUUCCACUUGGAAAACAAAUAUGAUUUAAAAAACAAAAGUAAAAUGAUCAGGGUGAUUCGAGCGAUAGUUAGUUAAAGCUGAAAUUUGUUCAUGUUUUAGCAUUUCGAUAUAAUUCUGAAUUAUUAUUGUUACAUUUUGGCGCGAGAAGUAUGAGGGCUCCACACUUUUUCUGAACUUUUUUUUCAUGAAGCUUUUGGUAAUCGCUAUAGUUCUAAAAGGGUUUCAGCCAUGUUUCAUUUAGAAACAGAGGAAUACUUGCGACUUCUAUAGAAGCAAGAGGUUUUUUAGGUAACUGUAGGUUUCUUAAAGUACAACAAAAUUUUGGAGCCCUACUGUAUAUAUCUUUGAGUUUGUGUGAGUAAAGUCUAACGUUUUGGUACAAGCUUACUUUGUGUACGUAGUCUAGAUAAGUAAUGUUUUCGUUUCGGUUUGAUGUUCACUAAUAACUUAGGAAACUUAUUGUAACGCCAUCUACUGGUCAAAUCUCAAAACUGAAUGUAUACGAGUGUUGCCAAUAAGAAAUUAUGCAUAGUGUUGUAAGUACAAAAAUUAUUUUUGGUUUUUUUAAUUACUUUGGCAGCACUAUAUUAUUGCUAUAUUAUUAUACUUUUUGCAGUUUUUAUACAGUGAUUGUAAUAAACAUAGUUACGUGUUUAUUAGUUUUGUGCAAUAAUCGUAUAGAAUUAGAUUUAAGAAAAUCGUUUUCAAAACUACUACAAGAACAGUGUUUGAAGUACAUAACAUUUUAUUAAUAUUUUGAACAUUUAUAACACAUAGUAGGCCAGGCAUGUUUUAUAUAUAUCAUAGGACUCUCUGUAAACCGUUCAGCAUAACAUAUAUAGUACAAACUAAUAUCAAUCUGCAUGUUGUCACUUACGAGCAUAAUUAUUAUUAGUUUAAGUAAGAGUUCAAUUAAUGUAGUCAGAUUUAUUUUUGCAAACUUCACUAUUAUAUUGUAAACCUACCUUACUUAUGUAUGACUGUUAUAAGUACAGAAAUAAACUUGAUGGUUAUUGGUACAUCUGUGAAAAUAUUUAGACAUUUUCAGGAUAGGAGGAUUUAGUUCAGUCAAGCCCUUCUUAGAUACAUUGGGGUCAGUUUUGCCUGAACCAACUUCCAUCCACGUUUAAAAGACCACCUGUUGUAAUCUUACAUACACACGUGAUGAUGAGAUUUACUUGAAUUUCAAAUGAUAUUAUUUGUGUAAAUAAAUAACAAUCACAUAAUAUUUUAUGCUUCACAAAGUUUUCCUUUACCUAUGCCUUAACAUUACAUUUUACAUGACAACUCUGGACUUGUAUAAAAUCAGAAAAUGGUAAAUCGUAUUUUUAUUAAUAACAACCAAUAUAUUUGGGGAGCUACCACCAUAAUUAAAAUUAUGAUAUUGUUGGUGUAGAAAAGACACAGUACUAUACAUGCGUAGAGCUUUGUCUCUCUUUCACACCUGCAAUAAUGCUAUAUAGUUUAAGACACUCUGGCAUGGUAGGUCCCUAGAUCCUGAUGUUUGUUGUACCCAUUUUAUAUAAUAAUAACAUGCUUAUACGGAACCCGGCCAUAUUCAAAAUACCAAUGUGCGUAGAAAUAGCGUGAUCCAAGGAAACAAUUAUCUGUUUCGAAAAUAAAUGUCGAUGUUUACAAAUAUUUUGAUCAGUUGCUGUUAAUUUUAGCAUGAUUAUCCCAAUUAUUUGUCUAAAACUUUGUUAAUUUUUAGCCGUAUUUUUCAUAAAACGCUAUUUACAAUAUGACUGGGUUCUGCAUAAGCAAGUUUUAUAUCAAUUUAGUAUUUAAAUAAUUCUUCGAAGCCUUUUCGUAGUUAGUGUUUAACAUUUCAGAGUCAAAUUAUUAAAUAUUUUUGAAGCUUAACAUCGUGUGCCCUGUACAUAAGAAAAUUAAAAACAAAAUUGUAAAUGAAUAUCAUUAGGAUUACAGAAGUUAGUGUUAGUGUCCCGAAGAGCGCUGUACUCAUUACGAUGUAGCUUUAGUGUACGUAUAGUCAGGAUGAGAAAUAAAUAGUUUUCCAUAAU